CAUCCAGAAUCACAUCUUCCCAAUCUUGAAACUUUAAUUGUAAAUAAUUGGGAAAAUGAAGUACGGUUACCAGUGUCUUUUUGGGAGAUGGAAAAAUUAAGGCAUGUUAAGAUUUUGUAUGCUAAAUUUGAUUUGGAACAGGAUAAUCAGGGGUUCUUUGAAGGAUCCUCCGAAUUGGAAAAUUUGAGAAUAUUAAAGUACGUUGGAUUUCCAAUGGAUAAAUGUGAUAGGGUGGAUAUGUUAUCAAGGAGGUGUCCUAAUCUUCAACAACUGAACAUCAAAUUGGAAUAUUGGAGCAGUAAUAAUUCGGCAGAUUUAUUUUGUCUCACAUUGGAGAAUCUUACCCAGCUUCAAAAUCUUCACCUUUCCGUUGAGAGGCCCGACAUUGUAUCUGGGUUACAAUUGCCUUCAAAUUUAAAGAAGUUGGUACUAAGUGGGACUGAUAUCGAAAUCCUGGUUUCCUUUAUUGUGGGACUACCAAGUCUGGAGUAUCUCCAAUUAUGUGACACGGAUGAAUUUGUUCAAAUCAGAGAUUGGUGCCUUGGAGAUAUCACGUUCCAUAACCUUAAGUGCUUGAAACUGUCGCGCUUAAGUAUCUCAAGGUGGGAUGCCUCAGAGGAAUCCUUUCCCCAACUCAAAACACUUGUUAUAGAAUGGUGUGACCACCUCAAGGAGAUCCCCCUUAGCUUUGCAGAUAUUCCAACACUGAAGCAGAUUAAGUUGAUUAGGUGCGAGAACGAAUCUCUGAAGGAUUCAGCUGUGGAGAUUAAGAAAGAUGUUGAAGAGAAUGAAGGAAACGACCGUAUUGACCUCAUUAUCAAAGAUUUGUGAAUCAAGUAUGUGCCUGUAACCACAACAAUGCAAGUUCAUGACGGCUUGCGUCCACACAUUAUCCCGCACAAUGAAACGUUUGCCUUCUCUGUCAAUGGAUUCACAUACUAUUUUUGGCAAUUCCUUCACGUCCAUGUCUUGAUAUUCUGAAGUGAGCAAGUUUCUUCAAGUCUUUUAGAGUACUAAGAAAGACCCCAUUUGGUUUGUAUUACGGGCCUACGUUCAGGAAA